ACGAAAUAUUGAACAAGUUUAUAGAUCAAUUGAAAGACAUUAGUACACUUGGUGAAGAGAAAUUAUGGCAAGAGAUUGUAAAGUUGAAGCAAGAGAUGGCGUCACUGCGAAAAUGGUCAAAGGAAAACUGCGGGAAAAUGCAAACAAGAUUGAAUGCUAUUGAACAGGAACGAAAAGUGCGAACUCAGAGCCAUCUAAUUCAAGAAACAGAUAUUCAAUUUAUUGCCGUGAAAAUAGGAACAUACUGGGAGGUGGUUGCCAAGGAAGUUGGUAUACAGAAAGACACCGUCGCAAAAACUGGUAGCGAAGCUACAACCGCCGCUUCCGACAUGAUGUCCAGGUGGCUGGAGCUCAGCAAAACCGGUAGAGUAGCUCCACCAACGUGGGAAUCGCUGGAUGAAAUUAUCGGGAGACACGAUAGACAAGUAGCUUCUGAGAUUGAAAAGCUGAGAAAAUCAACUGAUAACAAAUAGUUUUGGGUGGAAUUUUCCCAAAAUCGCAUAGAAUAUGGCAUCUUUUAACCGAGGGUUUUAAUUAAAAGUCAGUUCUUGGAGACAUGUAUAUAACUA